AACCCAAUAUUUUGAAUCCAAAUACGUUCAUCUUUUUUUUUUUUCCUUCUUCCCAAUUCUAACGCCCUUCCCCAAAUUCCAGUCACAACCAAACUCCAAACUAAAACAUAGUCCAGGAGCAUUUAGGAUGAUUUCUGAGUGCAAAAUUAUAUAAAUUAUGACAGAAGAAAUAUCAUUUUGAGAGCUUCGCUCGGUUGGCCUUCUAACUCUGACGAAUGCCUCUUUUCUGUUCUCUAAAAUCUACAAAAACCAGAAGAGAAUAAGAUACUAUACGUGUACAUGGAAUUACAUAAAUAACUCAAAUUUUCAUUAGGUAGUUAACAACAUUUUAGGUUGGCAUGAAUAAUAUACAAUUAAAAUGAAGAUGUAUCCUCAAUAGUUCCAACUGGCCCAUUGGAAGACAGAAGGAAUCAUGCGAACUUAUACAAUAGGCAUGUACAAAAUAAUAAUUUAUCUACUACGAAUGCACAUGCAUGGUUCUCAACUUGAUAUUAAAUAAAGAAGUAAGUAAUGAAUUAUGAACACACUGAAUUCCUAUAAAUUAAGCUCAUUUGCCCCUUGUGGAAAAAAUAUCUUGGAAAACAAUAAAGAUGGUAAAAUUCAUCGCAGAUACGAAGAGCAAGAUUCAAGAUCUGUUUGAAUACCUUGUUUCAUGUGGAAAAUCUUCUAAAGGAAAUGACCAAGGGCCAGCUAGAGAUGUACUAGGAGAUGACUUAGGACUAACAAUAUUUAUGCCAGAAGAAGACCAAGAUGGGCCAGCAAGUGAUGUACCACCAAGAAAUGCACAAGACCAAGGACAUAUAGUAGUAAUUGGACCAGGAAAUACAACACAGAACCAAGGACAGCCAACAAAUAUACCACCAGUAGAUGAUGCUCAAGAAGGCCAAGGACUUGUAAUAAUUGAUGACUCUACAGGAAUUAAUGCACAAGAACAAGAACAAGAUGAUAAUAUUGAUUUUGAACCUCUACCAGAUGGAUUUGUACCUGAAAAGAGAGCAAAUUUUUCAAGACCUCCAGGCAAAAGAUCACCUCCUAUUCCCAAGACUGGCUGAAAAUAAUAGGAGUAAAUACAAGUCUUGGGAAUUUUAAUAUUGUGAUUAUUUCAAGAAACCCACCUAGUCUUGGAAUUUUAUGAUUGUAAAUUUUCGUCUCUCAAGAAAGUGUCAUAGGAAUUUAUUAUUGUAAUUUUUGACUAUUGGGGCGCAAGUUCAGAUUGAUUCCAUAUACUAGAGCAUUGGUAUUGACCUGGGGUAUUUGAGAGCUCAACUCGGCAUUUUCUCAAGCAGCAAGCGCAUUUGCUUGAUAUAACUAUCGAAUGAAAAGUU